AUUCAAUAAUAUGCUCAUAAAGUCGUGUUUCUUUUAAACGCAAAUAACAAAUCUACAAGAGGGAGCAAAUCUCAAUGGUUUGCAAACAGUUAUUGUAUGCAUUUUCUUAACAGCUUGUUCUUAUCAUAAACUUAUUUCCCGGCACCUAAUUCAAAAUCUAAAUUCUGAGUAAAUUAACAGUUAAAGACUAAAUGACUAUGCCUAUUAGAAUGUGUAUUAUCUAUGCGUUUUAUUACGGAUUAGUGUAAUGUCAAAGUGCGUAACGAUUCUUACUCGCACAGUCGGUUGAUUUGAGAAGAAACAGAUUAGUAAAAGUGGUAUUUCCUUUUUUCUCUCCCCCUCUCUGUGUGUCUCUCUCUCUCUCUCUCUCUUAAGUCCCCAUCCUCUGGUCAAGUUCAGUGCGCUGUUCUCUGGACCCGGACGGACGCCUCUUAUUGGUAGGUUGCGACGGUUACAUCACGGCGCUCAUGACGCGCACGUCUUCCUGUUUCCUUCAGCCGCGUCUUAAAGUGAAUCUUAGUGGCGGAGGAGCGCUCCAGCAUCCAGUCCUCUGCAUCCAGUGCGCCUCGGAGACGCACACACUCGCACAGACGCGCUCUCCCUCUCUCUCUCUCGCACUCUCUCUAUGUCUCUCACUCUUUCAGUCACAGCACACGAUCGAGGGAGACACCGACGCGCAAGAGCUCUUUUCAUCAUCUGUAUUUUCCCCCGUUUUGCUCCUUGUUUCGCUCGCGUCGCCGACUUUAUCCCCGCUCCUCCUUCUUCGAGAGCUUCUUAUAUUCCAGCAUCCAGCGUCCAGCCGAGCUUCUCUCCUUCUUUUUGUCCGGCGCAGGAGUUCAGGUUGUCCCCCUCUUCAUCUAAAGGGUACUCAGAGGCUUUGAUCCAAGUGGACUGGGUUUGUGGGAUAUGGCCCAAUAGCAGCAGCCCGUGAUGCCGGACCAUGACAGCGACUCCCUCCUGAACAGACAGACCAAGCGAAGACGUGUGGACAUUGGUGUUAAGAGGACCGUGGGCAGCACAGCCUCCUCCACAGCGGCAGCCACAACAGCAACCACUGAUAACAUUGCCCGCGCCAAAGCAGCCAUUUUCUGUGCCAUGAACUCUCUGAGCUCCCACUCUCACCACGGAUCAGACACCGACUCCAUGGAGUGCUCUGUAGUGCAGCCACAUGGUGGGCCUGGCGUGAUUUCAGCAAGUGACAGUGAGUCCAAGUCCAAUGUACUCCGAAAGCUACUGAAGAGGGCCAACUCAUAUGAGGACGCCAUGAUGCCCUUCCCUGGCACCACCAUUAUCUCUCAGCUUCUCAAGAAUAACAUGGCUAAAAAUGGAGGAGGACCCGAGAGGGGUGAAAGAGGAGACAGGGGUGAUAGAGGGGAAUCAGGCUUCCCCGGUUCAGGUCUCUCCAAUGCAAGUUCAGAUGCUCCCCAGGAGGAUGCCUGCAGUAACUCUUCCCAGGACAGCACCCCUCAAGAGUGCUUGUCACCAUUUGGCCGUCCUCCUGGCCUGGCCACCUUUGACAUCGAACGUCUCAAUGAUGAACACCUGCGUGCCAAGAGAGCCCGUGUAGAGAACAUUAUACGUGGUAUGAGCCAUUCACCCAGUGUGGUGGUACCUGCUGCUUCCCGUCAUGAACGUGACCAUGAGAUGGAUGGGGAGCGGGAGAUGGAGCUAGACUGCCCACCUCCUCAGUCUCAGCAACAGGCCCCUAGCAGUCCACGGGGAGGAGAGGUGUGCAGCAGUAGUAGCAGCAGCAGAGAGAACAAGCGUAAGCAGCGUCUGCCUCAGCAGCAACAGCAGAGCUUUACCCAGCUGGUGUGCCAGAGGAAGGAACAGAAGCAGGAGGAGCGACGGCAACUGAAGCUGCAGCUGGAGGACAUGCAGAAACAGCUACGCCAGCUGCAGGAGAAGUUCUUUCAGAUCUAUGACUCAACUGACGACUCAGAACACACUGACCUCCACAAUGAUCUCCACAAUGACAUAGGAAACAUGUCUGAGGACAGCCCAGGCAGGUCUGACACUGGCGGUGAUGACCGGGUUGGAGAUGACUUGCGCUCUGACAAUGAGAUGUCUGACCUGGAUCCGGGCCAUUUCCUGGACAGGGCUCGGGCAUUACUUCAGCAGCAGGCCCUGCUGGCUGACGGAGGGAAGCCAAGAAGAGAGGGGCUCAGCAGGAGCAAAGGACAGGGCGGACCAGGCUCCUCGAUGCAUGCUGAAGGUAAACAGCUGGCAGAAACACUGAAGCAGGAACUCAAUUCAGCCAUGACCCAGGUAGUGGACACAGUGGUUAAGGUGUUUGCCAAACCUCCUCGUCCUACACCCCAGCAGGCCUUCCCCCCACUUUCCAUACCUCCUGAAAGAUUUCCAACCACUGUCAAUGGAGACAACCCCAAUUUCCAUACAGCCAACCAGAGGCUGCAUUGCUUUGGUGAUGUCAUAAUUCCCAAUCCACUAGACUCCUUUGCCAGCAUGCCUGGGCUGCCAGGCCCCACCAAUGACCAAACCGAGGCACUGCCCUUAGUCGUGAGGAAGACACCCAGUGAGCACCACCACCACCACCACCAGUCUUCAGCUGUGGGGGCCCAUGGUGGUCACCACCACCCCGCCCUUCAUCCUUCCUCACUUUCUGCCUCCAUGGGCUUCAGUCCUCCAUCUUUCAGACACCCAUUUCCACUGCCUCUCAUGGGCUACCCUUUCCAGAGUCCCCUUGGUGCACCCACAGGUGGCUACACAGGCAAGGACCGUUCCUCUCCAGACUCCAUGGACCUGUCCCGAGAGACCACUAGUCUGAGGACCAAGAUGGCAUCAGGUCACCACCUGGGGCACCACCAUCGCUCUUGUUCACCAGCGCACCCUGGAAGCACAGCAGAGGGUCUUUCCCUGUCCCUCAUCAAGUCUGAGUGCGGUGAUCUGCAGGACAUGGCUGACAUCUCACCUUACUCAGGCAGCAAUAUCCAGGAGGGUCUCUCCCCCAAUCACCUGAAGAAGGCCAAGCUCAUGUUUUUCUACACCCGCUACCCGAGCUCAAAUAUGCUCAAGAUGUUCUUCUCUGAUGUCAAGAUGUGUCAUAAUACUAUUGUUGGGCUGAUCAUGACAGCCUAUAGAGUAUCAUCCAACCAGCUUUGA